AACCUCUGUCUCAUUCUAAAUUACUAUUAUAACCGGACCGGGUCCAGACAUAAUCAAACUCGAACGAACAAAUAUCAUGACAUAGGGGGAGAGAAAAGAACGAACCCUAGAGACCGAGUGGAGUAGGAUAGAUAGAAGAGAGAAAACAAAGACACAGGGUUUUAAUGGAUUCCGGCAUUCAGUCUCCGCAGUUGGAGAAUACUGAAACGAAAGCAACAUUUCGUAAGCCUUCAAAUGAUAUGGCUAACAGGAAAUAUCGACGCCAUUCUCCUAUGAAUGGGUCAUCCUUGUCUGAUGGGAGUCCGAAGCGUGAUCAAAGCUCAAGUCCAGUAGUUCAGAGGGAUGAUCCUGCAAAAGCUUCUCAGAGAAGGAAGGGUGAAGAGAAAGAACUGGAUAGGGAUUCUGGGAGGAGUCGGUAUGAGAAGAAUGGAGAAUCGUAUAGACAUUCUGAUCGCUAUUCUUCCAGAAGCUCUCAUGGUUAUUCUAGGAAUGAUGACUAUAGUAGACAUGACAGGCGUGUAGAUGAUGGAGACAGGCAUCAUCAGGUGGUUUCUCAUUCUGGCCGGGAGUCAAAGGAUGGUGAGCGUGGUAGGUCAAGGGACUAUGCUAGAAAUUCGGAGAAAUAUUCUCGUGAUAGACAUGAUGGUUCAGGUCACAGAAACAUGGACAAAGAGAGGGAAUUAUCGGAGCAUCAGAAGUUGAAAGAUAAGGACUUUUCACCUGAUAGAGUUGGAUCUGGUAGGAAAUAUACUAGCAUAGUCUCUGAAGAGAAGGAUAGGGAUUGGCACAGGCGGGACAGAGAUGGUCGUGAUGAGAAAAGAGAUUAUCAUAGGAGUUCUGGAGAUCAUAAAAGUGAUCGAUCAUCCUAUUACGAGGACACCAGAGGAUAUCGAAAUGACUCUUCUGGAAGGGAUCGCCUUAGAGAGUCUUAUAAGAAUGACCCAAAGGAAUUGAAUGGCCUGAAGGAAAAGAAGAAACAUGAUAACUGGGAAACUAGCAGGGAUAAGGAUCGGUACAGUAAAGCACCAGGGGAGAAGAGUGAUGAUAAAUCUGCUUUUGGGAGCGAAAAACCAGAAUCUCCUGCCAAAAAGCCAAAAUUGUUUAGCUCUAGCAAGGACCCAGAUUACAGCGGAGAUGUUAAUCAAAAGCAGUCUUCAAGUUCAAUGCCAGCCCAUGAGGUUGAUAAUAAGGUCAAUGUAGGACAAGCACAUGCCAAUACUUCAGAGGCAGCUAAUGAUUUAGAUGCUGCAAAGGUUGCUGCUAUGAAAGCUGCUGAAUUAGUUAACAAGAACCUAGUUGGAGUGGGUUUUAUGUCUACUGAGCAAAAGAAGAAGCUGCUUUGGGGGAGUAAGAAGAGUGCUGCUCCAGAAGAGACUGGUCGCCGGUGGGAUACCGUUAUGUUUGGCGAUCGUGAAAGGCAAGAAAAGUUCAACAAACUCAUGAGUCUGAGUUUGCCUUGGUGCCUAUGGCCAAUUGUAGGGUGUAAAAGGAGAUGUGAAGGUGGAGCCCCAACCCGACAGUCAAGAUGCAGAGAAACAGAAGGAACUCCAGAUGGAUCUAGAAAAACAGUAUACUGCUGGGCUUCGACGAAGAGAUGGCCGCACUGUUGGAUUGGGUCUUUGAGCAUCUGUUUAAGAUCACACAAAACACUGUUUCCAGAUAUUUUGUUGCACUUUUGUGCAAGAAUCACGAUUUCUGUAACUAUAUGCGCUUGCCAUGUUUGCCCUUGGACAUCUCGCAUUUUGUCUAAAGAACGGUCUCGCUUGAGAGAUUUUUUUAUCCUGAUUGUGCUGAAGUGUUCGUGUUUGUUGCAAUUUUGCAUGGUUAUAUGAAUAUCGCCACUGUCUCAA